UACCCAAUGGCCAGGCGUGGGGGAGUGGUCUCCCAUCCCUCUUCCACACGCUCUUGCUUAAAGGGCCUGAGCCAGAGUACUGUAGUAGUCUGUACAACAGCACCCUGUGGCGAUUUUCACUCAAAACCACACACACACACUGGUGAGUCUGACAGGGACAGACACACACUCACACACACACACACACACACACACAGAGACACAUACACACAAGCAGGGGCACUAGGACACGACACGGAUAUGCCAGUGAAUGUUGUCCUGGAUGGACCUGCCCCAUGGGGCUUCAGACUAGUCGGGGGGAAGGACUUCAACCAGCCCCUGAGCAUCUCCAGGAUUAACCCUGGCAGUAAGGCGGCCAGGGCCAAUCUGUGUCCUGGUGACGUCAUCAUAGCGAUUGGAGGCAUGCCUGCUGAGAACCUGAUGCACUGUGAGGCCCAGAACAGAAUCAAGGACUGUGGCCAUCAGCUGUGUCUCACUAUAGAGAGGUCUGAGAGCAGACUGUGGUCUCCAAACGUAUCGGAGGGUGGGAAAGUCAACCCUUUUAAAAUCAACUUAGAAGCAGAGCCACAGGAGUAUCGACCAAUAGGAACAGGCCAUAACCGUCAGGCCCAGCCUUUUGUGGCUGCAGCGAACAUUGAUGACAAGCGUCAGCUGGUGAGCGCCUCCUAUAACACCCCCAUCGGACUCUACUCUUCAGGAAACAUCCAGGAUGCCAUGCACGGACAGAUGAGGGGCCUCGUCCAGGACAAACCUGUGAGCCCCAGAACCCUGACCUCCAUAGAAGAGUCGGAUGUGUACCGCAUGCUACAGAAGGACCAGGAGGACGAGCUGCAUGAGCCCCGCCAGUCUGGCUCCUUCAAGGCCCUGCAGGACUACGUCAACAGCGAUGGUACUCGACCACUGGUGACAAGGACCGUGAGGGCUCCCACCUCUAAACCUGCCGCUCCGACUGGGAACCUGCAGAAACUGCCUGUGUGCGACAAGUGUGGCAACGGGAUAGUGGGGACGGUGGUGAAGGCAAGAGACAAGUUCCGUCAUCCUGGCUGUUUUGUGUGCUCCGACUGUGACAUGAACCUGAAGCAGAAAGGCUAUUUCUUCGUGGAGGGUCAGCUUUACUGCGAGAUCCACGCCCGUGCCCGAACAAGACCUCCAGAGGGUCACGAUCUCAUCACAGCUUACACUUAAGCAUAGGACACACACACAUACACAUACUCAUACACUUACUGCACACUAAGGUGUGAUCCACGACACACACUUCCACACUCUGGAAAUUAGGUAGAUUAGGUAGGAAAAUUGUUAAAUGAGUGAGUGCUUUGAUCAUAUUCAAAAUAUUCAAAAAGACCUCAAAAUAGCAAAACUGUUAGAAUUCAAGUCAAUGGAAGGGUGUCGUCGGCACUCUCGAAUGCUGCAGUCUCACACAUAGCCCCUUCACCUGUCCACUCCACUUCAUAUAGGGCCUAAAUACACAUGAGAUUUGUUUGAAUGUUAAUGCCACUUUACUGCUCUCAAAACAUGUUCAUGUGCCAUCGUAUAUCGGACCUGAAUAUUUUUGGUUUAUUUUGAACAUUUAUUUGUUUGUAUGCCGUGUUUUGCACAUGUUUUGUGGAAUGGAUAUUUUUCUUCAUUUGGAUUUAUUGUUGAUUAAAGUUUUAUUCUGUGUUGCUCUCA